AUGCUGCGUCGCCUUGCCUGGAGGACCGCCGCGUGCAUGGCGGCUAGCCCAGCCACACGUGCGGUGCACAGCGUUGCUGUACUGCAGAACUCGACGCCGGCGACCACAGUCGAGAAACUGGGUAGCGCUGUAUCUAAGGAGGCGGUGGCGGCAGCCAACAAGGUGCCUGUCGCCAUUCUGGAGAAGGCGUGCAAUCCACGGCUGGUGGCCUUCACGGAGAUGGACCUUGCCCGCACACGCUUUGCUUCACUCAUUGCCACGAUCACGGAUGAGGUGGACUACGGCAGCAUCGAGCAGCUGGUGGCGAACAAGUUCUCGGGAGACCCGUGCAAGUUGCAGCCUAUCCCUGGUGCCCUCAAGAAGUUCCGCGAGACAAACUGGAAGGAUGUCAAGUCGCUCGUCAGCUUCUAUGAAGAGACGAUGUACCCCAUCCGCAUGAUGCACAGGGAGUACAAGCACCACGAGCUCACGAGCUUCCACAUUAAAGACGUGCUGAAGCGUGGCCUCUCAGCCUUCAAGCAGGAUUACCUCGACCAGCAGAAAGAGGAGCAGGCGAAGGUGCAGGCGCGCAUGAAGAAGUGCAAAGACGCUCUAAGUGCCGCCGUGGCGGACGCCUUCAGCACGGCCGUCUGUAACGACCUCGCAAACAUUUUCCGUAUCGGCGGCGAGCAGCACGCCCACUCGCAUCGCAUGGCGCUAAAAGUCUUGGCUGACAUGAACAUGAUGGGGGUGCCCUACAAUGCUGCCACGACGACCAUCAUGCAGGCCACCACCUUCCACGAUGGCCCGUUUGACAACUCACCACUUUUGUUUGAGCUAAUCGAGUGCCCGGAGCGUGGCGAAGUCCACGUCGGCACCGACUCGCUGGAUAACAUCAGUGACAACGUCCUCAAGCUCAUCAGCAAUCGCCACCAGACCCCGCUGGACGACGGCGUGCUGAUUCGUUCCCCAGACACACACCCAAACCUGCAGCGUUCCCCGGAGUAA